AUGCGCGCGCCCCGCGACAACCGCGUGUAUUUCCGCGUGGACGCGCGCCCAGGCGAUUCAGACUGGAUGGUCGGGCGCCAGACAUGGAACCUUGGCUCGGAGAACAGCCACCAGCAGCGCAUUCGUUUCGAGCCAGACGACAACGCCACCGACGAACAGGAGCCAGCCAACAGCCCCAAGGCGCCAGACCCAGUGUCUCCUUCGCAGGCCCAGGUCACAUUCUGGCGCAAGUGGGUUGGAGUGCAGGGCAAAUCAUAUAACGAUGCUUUGGAGGUUCUCAAACAUGCAAAGUUGGAGGCCAUCCGCGGCAAGAGCCUGGGCCAGCAGACUCAAUCAAUCCUCGAGGACCUCGAAGCUGACCUCCAGGACACCGCAGCUCAGAUCUCCACCUUGGCCGCCUCGUACCAGAGCCGCACGAAGGAGAUUGCAGACGCCGAGGAGGAGCUUCAGAUGUUGGAGGCCCAGCGCGCCUUGGCAGCGUCAGCAGCAGCGCAGGAGGCCACGGCCCAGAGCGACAUCUCCAACUUGGUGUGCGCGGCGCUGCAGGCAAGGAUCCCCUCUGGUGGUGUGCCCCCUCCCGAGCCCCAGCAGAAAGUUCAGUCCCUGGCAGAUGCCUUCGACGAGCUCCAGCAACGGCGCGACCAUGCCGUGGCAGCGCAGGCAGCGAUGCCCUCGGCCCAAGCAGCGGCAGUCACGCCUAGGCAGCAGCAGCCACCGCCGUCGGCGAAGGCGGCCUGGCUCCAGACACCGCCGCUGUUCGCAGCAGUAGCAGCACCCCAGCCAGAGUCCUCGCAGUACAUCCCUGUCGAACCUGAUUCGGAGGAGGAGGAUGAGGCGAUGUCCUUCGUGGGUUUCGGCUGCGGGGGCAAGCGCGCAGCAGACGCGCUCUCGGAGGUGGCGCAGCUCAUGGAGGAAAACGCCGACACCGAGACCGCCAAGCAGAUCAAGGAGGCCACCAGUCCAGCCUUUGACCUGAAGGUGGUAGCGUUCAAUGGAAGCUGUUGGAACACCUUCGAGCAUUUCCUAGAGUCAGAUUGGGCCACUGACGUGACGGUGAUUUGUGUUCAAGAACACAGACUCACUGAUGGGGACGUUAUUGCUCAGAAGAUUCAGUGGUGCCAGCGACGGGGCCGGCUUGCUCGCGUCCCGCCUGCUGCAGUGAACGAGGAUUCCGGUCGCAUCGACGGGGCUGCCAUCGUCAUCAGAGACCAGCUCGACCUCGGGAUCGAGCAAAUGUUUUUCUUUGCAUCGGUCGACCCCGGCCGCCUGACGGGCGUCCGCCUAGAAGCGCCAGGUCUUCCCAAGGUGGGUAUUUUGCGCGCGUGCUUCACAUCGUCGGAAGGUCUAGGCGAGGCUAACCUAGGCCGGUUAGCAGACAUCGCAGUUCAGCAGGAGCUCAGCAAGAUCCCCAUCAUUGUCGCUGCGGGCUUCAAUAUGCCCUCCAAUCAGAUCGAAGGCGCAGACUUCCUCCACAGGGCCUCGCUCCGUUUGGUUACCCCAGAGGCCCCCGCGUGCCGAAAGUCCAAAUCGCGAAGCAUCCCGGACUAUUCCCUGAUCGGCCGUGCCCUCAGGGAGAAGAUCGACGAGGUCCAAACGUGGACCAGCUAUCCUUUGUCGCCGCGCAGGCCAGUCUGCCCAGACGUUCAAUGCCGCAGUAAUUUCCCGAUUCCUGCGGUGAAGAGGCCGCGGAGGUUACCUUCGGCAGCGCCGAUCGGGCCCCGGCAGCGCCCGCGCAAGAGGGUGCGUACCCAGGCCGCUCUACAGUGUGCCGACUCCUUGCUUACCGAUGCCGUCAAGCCUCUCGAAAAGCAGCAGCAGCAGUCGAUCUUCGAUUUCUGUUACGUCGCCCUGGACUUUCCGCGGGCGACGUAUCUGACCGCGAGCCUGCAGGACCUACCAGGAGAGUUUCGCGCUGUCCUAAGCCUGAAUGACAGCCUGGCCGUUGCCAACGGCCUAUGCGACCUGUUGCGCACAGGCGCUGGAGUAGGAGACCUGGACAACGACAUCGAGUACGAGCGUGCGAAUAAUUUUUCAGAAGCGUCCACAUCCUGGGCUUCGUGGUCCAUGGAUGGACAAGGCGCCAUGGCGCUUGGGGGCCAGCCGCCACCUUUGCCAGUGGCAAGUGGUCAGGGCGACCCAGCAGCAUUCUUGAAGGACUUGGUCGUUUCGGUCGGUAACACAGUGCAUGGGAUAACGGCAGGAAAUGGGCUUGCUACGUACCUCAUACAGGUGUGCACCAUAGACCCCCUCGGCUCCUGGACCAAGCAGAACCCCGAUUUAGACCUCCACAGGAUGAACGCGAUCAAGAGAAGGAUGAGGGCAGGAGGAGACGCCAAGAAGGUCUACAACACAGGCAUCUUCGCGGGGGGGGCUCAAGCCUUUUCGACCGAAGAGCUGGAGUCGAAUGUCAAUUCUGACAGCGACCCGCUCGAGUUCGGAUACCAACAGGCGCCGGACUUUGACAUCGGUAACGAUGCGGCAGACCAAGCGGCCAAGAGAGCUGCCAUGAAGUUCUGCAGGCCAUCGGAGGCCGAGCGGGAGUUGGCCAAGUACGACGAAAGCCGCGUCUUCGUGGCCCCGCGCUCGCCCAGCCUGCGCCCGCAAGGCGGCAGAGCGCUCGUUGCGCUGCAGGGCGCCGCCAACAGCGUGCCGACGGGCCUCGUGUACCCCUCCCCCGAGGAGGCGGCGAAGACCCGUGAGGUGGACGGCAUCAAGCUGUACUCCACCCAUGCUUGGACCGACGACAUGGUGCCGAUCCUUGAUGCUGAGAGCAAGCCCGCGCAGGCGCCAGUGAUGAUCGGCGUGGCCGCGGACUCUGGCUGCGGCAAGUCCACCUUCCUCAGGCGCGUGCUGGGCGCCCUGGGCACGGAGGUCAAGCCGGGGCACACGGCCAUCGGCGACAUGCUGACGGUCCUCUGCCCGGACGACUACCACAUCAACGACCGGAACGACUUCGAGCUGACGGGGGCGCAGAGCGAGGCCCCGAAGCAGGGCAAGGCCAUCUACAAGCCGAUCUACAACCACGACACGGGCAACAAGGACCCCCCCGAGCGGAUCCAGCCGAACAAGAAGGCCCGCGCCAACCUCGACCUGGCGCUCUACAUCGACAUCGUCAACGACGUCAAGUUUGCCUGGAAGAUCCAGCGCGAUGUGGCCGAGCGCGGCUGGACCGAGGAGCAGGUCAGGGAGGACAUCGAGAAGAGGCUGCCCGACUUCGCUCAGUACGUGGACCCGCAGAAGAAGGACGCCGACGUGGUCCUUCGCUACGAGCCCUCCGACCAGGGCUUGCCCUAUCUCAAGGUCAAGCUCAUCCAGAAGAAGGGCGGCGCUUUCCCGGCGAUCUCGCUCAAGAAGGAGCUGACCCUCACUGGAAGCAAGCCUGGCGCCAUCGUCAAGCAGUACGAUGACGACUGGUAUGGCAGCCCAGUUAGCGUGAUCGAGAUGGACGGAGAGAUCGACAUGGACAACAUGGCGGAGCAGGUUGCCGAAAUCGAGGCCAACCUCGAGGGCCUGAACGGCCGCAGUCCCAGCGAGCUCACGGACGCCAUGGUCAAGCUCAAGGACAGCCCCGGCUCGCAGAACGGCACCGGGCUUCUGCAGGCCAUCAUCGCCAUGAAGAUCCGCGAGGUCUACGAUAAGCUCACUGCGCUCUGGCCUGCGGGGCUGGCCUUCGAGCACUUCUUGGACGUGGUGGCGACGGAGCGGGCGGCCCAGGAUCCGGGCGCGAGGCCGCGAGGCCGCGUCGCGCCCCUGUGCUGCUGCUCAGAGCAGCAGGGCGCCGCGUCCCCGGGCGUUGGCGGCGACGACGCAAGGCGGCCUGGCACGCGGCGGAGGCGCCGCCAGGCGGGCUCGCCCAGGCCAGCGGGCUCGCAGCUCGACGACGUCGGCUCCGCGACCGCGGCGCCGUGUACCCCGACGCCCAUGGCGUCAGGGCCGCGCGAUUCAUCGCCCGUGAAGGUGUUGAGGAGGGAGGCGCCGUCGUGGCCUGACGGCUGGACCGCGCCGUGCGACGUCGAGACCCUGCUGGGGGAUCUAUACCCUGCUGCUGGUGGCAAGCAGGUCCGCUUCCCCGCGGUCCUCGAGAGCGGGCCGAGGCAGCAGAGCUCGCUCGGGCGCCAGACGCGCUCCGGGGGCGAGUGCGACCUGUGCGGCGAUGGCGGCACGGCAGCAGAGUUCGGGUACCUCCUGGCAGCCACGAGCAGGGUCUGCAGCGGCUUCCGGCGUGCGGCGGCCGAGGAGGGCGAUGCGCCGACCCCGCGCCCAGGGCGGGAGAGCCCCGCUUGCGGGGAAGACGAGCGGACCUCGGAGGCGGAACGCCUCGCCAGUGAGCUGGAGGUCCCGAUGGGCCAGUGCCGCUGGAAGUGCGACAACGGAGCCACGACAGAGGAUUUCGGCGAGCACCUGACGGCAUGCCAUGGGCGGUUCGGCCUCCAGCGCGCAGUUUCUGGCCCUGCGCCCGAGCUCUGCGCCGCCCCCAGCCCUGGCGCGACAGCCGGGUCAGCGCAGCCCGGCGGCGCGCUGGAGCUGGCGCGCGCCACCUGGCGUUGCAGCGCGCCGCCGAGCGCCUCGCUCCCCGGGCUGCGUGUCCUCGGGGUCGCGUACGGUGACGUCGCUGUUGCAGUAGGCGUAUUGAAGCCGUACCCUUUCCGCUGCGAUGUCAACGGUAAGUUCGUGGCAAGGGCGCCCGAGCGCCCGCGCGCCUCGCCGCUGGGGGCACCGAUGGACAUCACCGUGGCGGGCGUGGAAGGGGUGCAGGCCAACACCUUCCUCUCGGUGCGCUGCGGCAGCCAGCGCAAGCAGGUGCCCUUCCGGAACGGGGAGACCCUGAGCUUCCCGAAGGGCGAGCUGCCUAAGGCCUACACCGUGGACGUGCUGAGGAAGGUGGGCACGGCGCAGGUCAGCGUCGCGGGCAUCAGCGCUCUGGGCGGCACCGUGAGGCACGAGCAGCUCGAGAUCCCGAGCCUCGAGAUCGCAGGGUCGCCCUUCAGGGCGAGCUUCACCGCAUCGCUGCAGCAGGAGCCCGAGCCCCGCGUCGAGGGCUCGAAGAAGCACUUGGCGGCCGCGCGCGCGAAGGAGUACCUCGAGAAGCACGGGGUGGAGCGCGUGCUGCACAGCAUGUUCGCACAGCUGCUGGAAAGGCAGCCCCUCGAUCCCCUCACGUUCAUGAUCGACCACCUCGAGCAGGUGCAGGACGAGGCGGAGGGCCGGGAGGUGGAGGAGCGCGACUUCGAGCUGGAGCCUGGUCUGGGCGACUUCGCCCUGCCGGGGCUCGCGGACAGCGACGAGGUGCCCAACCUCAGCAAGCACCACAGCUUCAUGGUGGACGUGCUCCGAAAGGACAUGAGCAUCCUCGAGCGGCUGGGCGACAGGAAGACCUCCCUCGGCGUCUCGCUGCUGCAGUGCAUCAAGCCGGGGAUCGACUGCCAGGGUCACGAGCUCGUGAAGGUGGCAGGAAUCAGCGCCGGAGACCAGGAGUGCUUCGAGCUCUUCAGCGAGGUCUUCAACCCCGUCAUCAGCCAGCUGCACCCGGGCUGGUCCCCCGAGAGGUCUCACUGCUGGGACUCGGACCCCGACCGGAUCGAGGACGUCACGAUCGACCCGACUGGUCGCUACGCCGUCUUCGCGAGCAUGGAGACCCGCCGCAACUUCCAGGGCCUGCGCAUGUCGACCUGCUGCUCCAAGGACGAGCGGCGCGCGGUGGAGCGCAUCGCGACGUUGGUCAUGGAGACCGCCACCGGGGAGCAGAAGGGCACCUACUACCCCCUGCGCAUGUCCCAGAGCCACGAGCCGAAGCCGGGCGGCAUGACGGUGCACCAGGAGGAGCGCCUGCGCGGCGUGGGGCUCCUCUUCGCGGAGCCAGACUCCAGGAUCAAGCUGUCGGCCGGCCUGGGCCGCCACUGGCCGGACGCGCGCGGCGUGUUCGUGGGCGAGAUGCAGGGCCUGUACACGUGGUGCAACGAGGAUCGAAUGGACCAUUUGCGGUUCUUCGCUCGACAGCACACCGCCAUCGACCUGAAGAAGCUCUGGGCGCGCCUCAAGAGGACGGUGGACAGCAUGGAGCAGGGCGCACAGCAGCGCGGGUACAGCUACGCCCGCAGCGACCGCCUGGGCUACGUGACCACAGACCCUUCCAGGCUGGGGUGCGCGCUGCGCAUCUCGGUGUCGCUGCGCAUCCCGUUGCUGGCCGAGGCCGCCGACCUCCCUGGGCUGUGCCGGACCUUCGGCCUCCAGUCCACCCAGGACGGGUCACCAGUGCAAGCCACGGCGGCGUGUGGAGCGUCUCGACCAGCGACUGCCUGGGCACGAGCGAGGUGGAACUCGUGGCCAGGAUCCAGGGGACCAGGGGCUGCGCAGCCCUAG